AUGGCGGCCAGAGAGGCGCCCAUCGGAGGAGAGUCUGGCGCCAGAACGAUGCAUAAACCGUUGAAAACAGAGAUCGUCAUACCAAAAGGUGCUUUAGUGAUCUUUGAUGGUCUGAACAAGGAACUCUAUGUGGGGAUCCAUCUUGUUGUUAUUCGCAUUAUUCACCUUGGUCGGAAAUCUGGGUGUUUGGUUCACCUUGGUCGGAAAUAUGGGUGGUUGGUUCACCUUGGUCGAAAAUCUGGGUGGUUGUUCUGCGCUUUCUAUUUUAAGCAAGCAGCUUCAUCCUUGAUGAUGGCCUAUGGUGGAGAUGAAUUCGUUCAUCCUGACAAUGCGGUAUCAGUUUCCCUCACUCGAUUCGGUUACCCUCAGAUCAUUUCGUCUCAUCAUAGGCAUAUGAUUCUGAAGAAGGAUGAAAAAGCGGACAUGCUGCAUGUAUUGAUCUUCUCUAGAGCUUCAAUGGAGGCUGCUGUGAGAACUGCAAUGGAGGGAGGAUGGCGUGAGAACUUUGCUUGUGAUCACGGGUUAUAA